GCCAUGCACGCAGCUGCACAAGACAGCGCUCCCCCGCACCAUGUAUUGUUUAUGUAUGCCACCAAUAAUUGGCGCAGCAGAGGGCGAAUCAGUCCCCCUUAGCACCACGUCGUGGAAUGCUCCUCGUCUUGUGUCGGAACUGGCUGUCCGGAACGGCGGACGACACGCCAGUCAACGCCAAUGGCAGUUGAGCUGGCGAGCUGGCGUUUCUGCAGGCACAGCCGCAAGACGGGUGGCUAAGACCCAAUUAUGUGCGCCAUCGCGCUAUUCGCUGGAGUGUGGGUUCUUCAGUGCAGAGCCCUCAUCCCCCAUCGCUACCAGCAGCACGGCGAAGCGAGCGUGGGUGGGAGGUGCUGUGUACGACAGACGCAGAGCAGAGCAGAGCAGGGGCCACUGGAUGCUGAGACGUCAUGGGGAGCAUCAGCCGAUAACCACGGAGAUUGACGACGAGACAGCAGGAGGAGAUUGCGUGGCUCUGCACCUAAUGGCUGGAUUGCUGAGGCGAAUCGACGGCCUCACCGCGACUAUCGAAUGCAUGGUUCUGGGAGGCGUGGUGAGGAGUGCACGACUGCACGACGACGCACGCGCCUGCGUCUCUGCCUGUCAAGUAAAAUCCCUCCGGCAGCGAUCUGCAUACUGCACAAGCGGGAAGUGCCACCUGCUCAUGAACCCUGCUAGGCCGUGGUUGAGGCAUGCCACGGCCAUGACUUGCCAUGACUUGGUGCGCAGUGACGGCCGCUCGAGCACGCUCUUCACACGCGCAUGUCCGCAGUCAGUCGCUACAAAACCACCCUCGUCUUCCACGCGCUUGCUGCCACACGCCGCCGCCCUCGACCUGCCCGCCGGCCCCUCCCUCUCCAUCACGGCAUUGUGACGUCCCGGCCUGCCUAUCCCCGACCCUCCUCAGCCCACACCGGGUGACCCGCCCCCGUCGUAUCCCCGAGCCAUGAGCCCAUGAACAGCCCCGUGAACACCCUCCCGCCCAGCCCAGCCCAGCCCAGCAG